GAAUAUGCGCCUAUAAUUUUAAUUCCAGGUAGAGCGUUGUGAUAUGGCGUAUAUACUGGAUAAAGCGAAAUUUCAGAUUCAGUUAAAAUGCCAACACGAAACAACGAAGAAUACUUUUAUAUCAGUAGAUGACGAAGAGAAUGUAACUGCAGAAAUGACACCCGAUAGUACAUGUAACACUAUUUGUGGUUCCCAUAGGAUAUUCACGGAAAUAUCAAAUAACUUUAAUCCUGCAGAAGAAGAGAUCACUUUAGAAGCCGAAGAUAAAAAAAUCAGUAUCAAAAAUUAUGUUGAGGGUUCAAGAGUUAAUGAGAAAUUUAUGCGAUCACAAUUGCAAUUAAAUGCGGAUGAGUUCGAGAAUUACAUGAUAGAUAAAGAAACGUCAAUUACAUUUUGCUUAAAGGAAUUCAGAGCGUUACUGAUGUUUGCCGAGGCAUUAAACGAAAAUGUAUGCCUUCAAUUCGACGAGGCCGGUAGUCCGGUGUUUGCGAGUGUAACACACAGAGAUGAUAUUCAUUGCCUUCUUAUCAUGUCAACGUUGUCACCAGAAGAAGUUAGUUUUUACGAUAGCUGUCAUGAAACCGAAGUCCAAGAAACUGCAGCAUUGAAAACAGCCCGAAAACGGAAAGUGAAACCUUCAAAGGCAGCAAAUCAAUCUAAAAGUCUUAAACAGGAUUUGAAGCAAAAGUGCAUUGCCGCAGAAUCGACGUUAAGCAAUAGUUCAUCGUUAUUUCAAUUUGAAAGUUGCAGAGAUAAACAAAGUUUUCCUUCUUCUCUUGGUAUUCCUCGAAAUAAUGAUCGGCCUGCUAAUGCGAAAUCAGUCUCCUAUAGAAGUAUGCUGAAACCUGUAUCUAUGGAGGUAGAAAUAUCGCAGAUUACACACAAUCAAACAGAUUCCAGCGUAACAGUACGUGAAACAGAUGUACCCAAGUUUGUGGGAUCUUCAACCUCUGACGACGAGGAUUGCAUUCCAGAAUCUCCAAAGCGACAAGAAAGGGCAGAUCUGCGCACUAUAUUUUCCCGAUGUUUUCAUUCAACUUAUGUACCAGUGGAACCUUCAGCGAGCAGCCAAAUAUAUGCUACUGCUUCGGAUACGGAAGAUUGAAAAACAAACAUUUUUAAAUUAAUUUCUUUAUGAAGUUUUAUUCUUCUAUAUAAAAUUAAAGGUUAAUAGUUGGUAAAAAGUUCGUGGUGAAAACAUUACUGUUUUUUUCAUGCAGCUGCUUUAUAUUCACUUUUGAAUUUUUUAACGAACAUAAAACUGAUUGCAUAGUAACCUGAAAUAAAAGAAGAAAUAUAUAUGUAAAUAGAAAUAA